GACUCGCUUCAAAAGAAUCCUCCAAACCGUGACUUUACUAAGAUCAAGAGGUUUCCUCAUGAGCGAAGUGUAUUUAAAGCUGCGGGGGCUCUGGAAGCCAACUACAGUCCUUUGAUUUCGCCCUCCUCACGACUGAGGAAGCCUCUAUUUCAUGACUUUAUCCGGACGACUUGACGGCGCUAACGAACCACACAAACCUGAUGCCACGAAACCCAAUCUAGAUACCCAGGCUCUUGGCAAGCAGUCUCUGUAUCAGUCACCCUCAACUACCCUUGAAUGCGAUGAAGCAAAGUCGAAGGAGGCUGAGAAGGCUGAGCUUCAGCAUAUGGAGCAGACGACAGAGAAACCUUACAGCGUAUUUACCAAAAUCGAGAUAUGGCUGAUUGUUGGAAUGACUUCCAUCGGUGGCAUAUUCAGCCCCUUGACGUCGAAUAGCUACUUCCCGGCUAUCCCAACUAUUGCAGAUGCCUUCCAUAAAUCCGUCGAGUUGAUCAACUUGACAGUCACUGUUUACAUGAUAUUGCAAGGUGUUUCACCUAUGAUAUGGGGGCCAUUGGCUGACCGCUGGGGACGACGACUUAUUUUUCUAGCGUGCUUAUUCAUUCUUGCACUUUCAUGCGUCGGGGUAGCUCUGACACCUACAGAUGCCUACUGGCUCCUACUUGUUAUGCGUUGCAUUCAAGCUGCAGGUUCAGCCAGCACAAUUGCCGUCGGUGCCGGCGUGAUAGCUGACGUGGCUGCACAACAUGAGCGCGGAGGUUAUUAUGGUUUCUAUAGUCUUGGCGCCAUGUUUGGGCCAUGCAUCGGACCUGUUAUUGGCGGCGCACUUGCUGAAGGACUAGGAUGGAGGUCCAUAUUCUGGUUCCUAUGUAUCUCAUCUGCGGUGUGGUUUCUAGUGAUGCUUUUGUUCUUCCCUGAAACGCUUCGCGCCAUGGUAGGAGAUGGAAGUAUACCCGCCCCGUUAUAUCAACGUCCUCUAAUACCGCUCAUCGGUCGCAAUCGCCCACAAACUGACUGCGAGAGGCCCCCGCCCAAACCGCUGGCGAAUCCUCUACGAUUAUUCCUUUACCCGGAUGUGGAUCUUUUGUUGUUCUCCAAUGGCGUGAUCUACUCUGUGUUUUAUGGCGUUACAACGUCUAUCUCGACACUGUUCCAACAGGUAUACCCCUUCCUAAGCGAAACUGACAUCGGUCUAUGCUUCCUGUCUAUCGGUGGGGGUAUGCUCAUUGGGGGUGUGAUCACCGGCAAGAUUCUUGAUAGAGAGUAUAUAAAUAUAAAGGAGAGCCUCGUUCGAAAGGCGCGAGCCAACGCAAGUGACCCGGAAGCCCUUCGUUCGGAGGACGUUGUCAGAGAUGAAGAUUUCCCCAUAGAGGUAGCCAGAUUUAGGACGAUGCCAAUCUACUUGGCGAUCUUCACCGCGACUUGUAUGGGAUAUGGAUGGAGCCUUCAGCAAGAGGUGAACAUCGCAUGUCCACUCAUUCUUUUGAUAAUCAUGGGCUACACCAUCGUAUCCAUUCUCAACACCACACAAACCCUGAUUGUAGACUUGCUUCCUUCUCAAGGGUCCUCGAUCACUGCUUGCAAUAAUCUGGUUCGCUGCUCCCUGGGAGCUGCCCUUGUUUCCAUCAUCGAUAUCAUCAUCAAUUCUGUUGGCAUAGGCUGGGCCUAUGUUAUCCUCGGUGGAAUGUGCAUUGCUGUCUCUCCCGCCAUGUUUCUUAUCAUGCGCAUCGGUCCGAAAUACAGGACCAAGCGUAGAGCCCAACAGGUAUUGCAUCAUGUUGUUUCUACAUUCAUGUGUCUCGACGCCUCUAACACUUCUGUUUUGCAGUCCUAACAUCCCUUCAUCACGGUUCUACCGAGCCCUACGACGGCUCGACAAAUAGAUCUUUGCGCUAUGUUUUACCUUCAUCAUGCUCUCGAAUACGACCUCCAUAGAUGCACGGACACGGACUCACAAUUAUGACCUGAUGUAACGUUUCGCUAUCGUUGUUUGGUGCUCUUCGUAGCCACAUACCAGUUAUCAUCUCUUAAUCAAAGAGGCAUACCCCAUU